AUGGAGAGCACAGGCGCAAGGGAGGACGACACGGCGGCCAGACCACCGCCAUUCCACUUCUCACACGACCCGUCCCUGGCGCAGUUCAACGUCCCCGUCAAAAGCUGGAUCCGGGCGAACAACAAGCCGUGGGACGGCGUCGCCACGGGCGCCCUGGUGUUCGACGCCCGCGGCCGCAUCCUCCUCGUCCAGCGCACGAGUCACGACUCCAUGCCGGACCUGUGGGAGGUGCCGGGGGGCGCGGUCGACGACGACGACGCCUCCAUCCUGCACGGCUGCGCCAGGGAGCUCUGGGAGGAGGCGGGCGUGGCGGCGCGGCGGAUGGCCCGUCUCGUCACCGAGGGUCCUGGGGCGGACGCGUUCCAGGAGUUUAGGAACAGCACGCGGUCCAAGUUGAUUGGCAAGUUCCAGUUCGAGGUGGAGGUGCCCGAGGGCCAGGCGGUGAGGCUGGAUCCCAACGAGCACCAGGACUUUGCGUGGGCGACCGAGGAGGAGGUUGUGCGCGAGGAGGUCGCGGGCAAGAGGAUCCCCUUUACCAAGAGGAGCCACAAGCAUGUCAUUCUGGAAGGGUUCAGGCUGAGGAGAGGCGAGGCGCGCAAGGGGGGGGGAGGAGGUUUCACGGACGGCGCUGAGAGACGGGGUUAA